GCGCGCGGCUGGCUGGGACUUUUCUCGCGCUGCUCCGCUGGGCGUUCUGCUAUGGCGCGGAAGUCGAAUCUGCCUUUGCGUCUCCUACCGUUGGUGCUGGGCAUCGCCCUGGCGCAGGGCUCCAGCCUCCUGCCCCUGGUCCUCAACACUUGGCCUUUUAUGAAUGCAACAGCUGAAGCAUGGCGGACAUUAGAGUCUGGAGGUUCUGCCCUGGAUGCGGUUGAGAAUGGCUGUGCUGUGUGUGAGAGGGAGCAGUGUGAUGGCACAGUAGGCUAUGGAGGAAGUCCCGAUGAACUUGGGGAAACCACCCUGGAUGCCAUGAUCAUGGAUGGCACUGCUAUGGAUGUGGGGGCAGUAGGAGACCUCAGAAGAAUUAAAAAUGCAAUUGGAGUGGCUCGGAAAGUCCUGGAGCAUACAACACACACGCUUUUAGUAGGGGAGUCAGCCACCAAGUUUGCUGAAAGUAUGGGUUUUACCAAUGAGAAUUUAUCUACCGGUGCCUCAAAAGCUCUUCAUUCAGACUGGCUUGCUCGGAAUUGCCAGCCAAAUUAUUGGAGAAAAGUUAUACCAGAUCCUUCAAAAUACUGUGGACCCUACAAACCAUCUGGUGUCUUAGAGAAGGGCAGUCCUGUUGAAAAAGAAGUGGAUAUCCAUGGUCAUGAUACUAUUGGCAUGGUUGUAAUCCAUAAGACGGGGCAUACCGCAGCGGGCACAUCUACAAAUGGUUUAAGAUUCAAAAUACCUGGUCGUGUAGGAGACUCACCAAUACCAGGAGCUGGGGCCUAUGCCAAUGACAGGGCUGGAGCAGCUGCAGCCACGGGGGAUGGCGACACCCUGCUGCGCUUCCUGCCCAGCUACCAAGCUGUAGAAUAUAUGAGAAGAGGAGAUGACCCACUCACAGCUUGCCAGAAAGUGAUUUUAAGAAUUAAGAAGUAUUAUCCGGAAUUCUUUGGGGCUGUGAUAUGUGCCAAUGUGACAGGAAGUUUUGGUGCUGCUUGCAACAAACUUCCAACAUUUACUCAAUUUCAUUUCAUGGUUUAUAAUUCUCUACAAAGUCAGCCAGUGGAAGAAAAAGUAGACUGCAUCUAAUCCCUCUUGUCCGUUAGCAUGUGCGUUUAAAGAGGAAAGAAAGUAGCGCUGGGAAAGUUGCUCACCGACAUCAUGUAGUGGUCUUCAUUUAUUUCAAGUUCUUGUGUGACUUAAGCGCAAAAAUAAAUUAUGCU